GUGGCCAUUUUCUCGCGCGCGUGCUUCCUUCCGGAACGACCGGUGGUGUUUUCCCCGAAGUUGUUUCCGCGCCGCGCUCUCGAUCAUCGUCUCGCUUCUCGCAAUCGCGCGGAAUCGCGUUACGUCACGUGGUGCUUCGCUCGCUCGUUUGCUCAUCCGUUUUCGCUAACGCGCCCGUGCGGACCGCGAACCUGAAGAAGGUGGUGCGCACUUAUUACGCGCUUUCGGCACCGUAGGUAAGCGGGCGCGUGCCUCCCUGGGACGCGCGGAAAAACGCCCGGAUCUCUCUCGCGGUUUGACGGCGCGUGAAAUGUCUCAAGUUCCGAGUCCCUUCUCGCGAAUCGUUGCGCGACAAAACUUCGUCCCGGCGCGGCGCGUACAUAUACAUACAUAUAUACCGGCGGCCCGUUGGCCAUUGUUUACGAGCGCGAGAAUUGGCCGAUCGCGACGACCGUCAUCGGGCGGACGGCCGCACCGGACGCUCGCGAUUGGCCCGGUAUAGGCGCGGCGCGGCCGGGAAUUCCGCGACAACUUUGAGCUAGAUUUCGCGGACGUGUUUUUCUCCCCGGAAUUGCGACGCCGAGAGAGAGAGCGGACGCGCGCGGAGGGUGUGAAACGCGCAUCUCGCGGCACCCGCAGUUCGAUGUUCGAUCCGCGCGGCGCGCCGCGCCGCCGGCGAGAGAGAGAUUAUCACGCGCGCGCGUGUGUGUCCUUCGGCGCGGUGCAACCUCUUUUUUUUUUCCUCUCUGCGUACGUACUUUGUCGCGCUCGGUCCGCGGUAGUGUGCGAUGAGAGUGCGAUAAGAGAGCGCGCGCGGGAUCAGAUUUAAAAACUUCUCGGAAGAGCGUCGUCCGGUGUUCUCGAUAGACGGACCCGAUAGAGAUAGGAGCGAUCAUCAUCGGCACGACGACGUAACGCAAUGCGUCGUCGUCGUCGUCGUUCGUCGAACGAGAUCCCCGGUGAGCAUUGUCAACAGCAACAUCGCAGUCAGCCCCAACCCCGGCAGCGGAGCGGUAAUACCGUGCAGCAACGGCCGGCGGCGGCCGGCGGGCGAGCCGCGGCGAAGAGAAGAGGACCUCAAAAAAAAGAGAGAAAAAAGAGGAUCCUAUCCCGCGCACGAAUGACGAAGAUGCAACGACACCCGGUGCAGCCGGCGGCGGCGGCGUCGUCGGCGACGUCGACGACGUCGACGGCACGGAUCACGCACGAGGAACACAUACUAGAAGCGAUCGAUCAGCUGCGUCGACGUAAAGCGCGCCCCGACGCCGAUCGCAUCUGUAAUUAUCUGCUGCGCAACUUCUCGGUGGACGCGCGCGACACAAUCGCCGAUCUACAUCAGUUGAUCGAGGUGGAGAAGGUGAUUCAGGUUGACUAUAAGGGUAACACGAGUUAUCGUAAUGCAAAGAAAUGGUCGCGCCUGCAGCUGUUCAAAAAUCGCCCGGAAGGCUUUCUCAAGGAGAAACUGAACUCGAGCUUGGUGUCGAGCGCGGUCGCCGAGCUUGUCGUUGAGGAGCCUGAUUACUUAGACCAGGGCGUACCGGCUGGCCGUUUGAUCGAGCAAUUGCUCAACGGCGUCUCGAGCCCAACGUCGCGUCGCGUGGUCGAGGAGUUCCUUGGCCGGGAGGUUGCGAGCGGCAAUCUUGCGCGCCUGUCCAACGGCAAUUACUCGCUGGUGGCGACGUCCGACAUGACGACGACGGACGCGACAUCGUCGCGAUGCGGCGGCGACACGCAGCCGACCACCUCCGUCGCCUGCGCCCUGGAGAACGGCAAAGCGGCGCAACGGCGCAACGUCGGUAAGGAGACGGCGACGAAGAGCAACGGCACCACCGUCCGCAAUGGCAACGCCACCAGCAACGGUACCAACGGUUUAAUGACGACGACGACGACGAAAGGGUCCGCGGCGGCGGCCGAGCUCUACGAGUUCAACGAGACAGAUAACCUCACUGACACCACGUCCGGAUCGAACACGCCGCGGUCGUCGUCGCGGCAGGCCAGCAACAGCCCGAAACUCGAACAGCAGCAAGAUUGCAAGAUCAAAAAGGAGGAAUGUUACGAAAUCGUCGACAAGAACGGCAGCGGCACGUCGUCGCCGUCCAUCGACGUGGUGUGCAACGGUGACGGACAGGAGCGUGACCCCCAACAGAUAACAGUGCCGAAGACGACGACGUCCGAUGUCGGAAAUGACGCCGUCAAGCAGGAGCCUAAGAGCAAUGACGUUCAAAAGCCGACGGCUAACCUCAAAAGAUCCGCCAAGUCCGAGCGCAAGCAGCGUCUCUUCGCGAGGACGGAUGAUCGGAUGGACAUUGAGUUUAAAUUUGAUGAUUAUCAGCAGAGCAAAGAAGAGAAACGCGACGAGGCCGGCCGGCGGUCAAGCGAAGAUCGUGAGGACGAGGACGCCGGCAGAAGUUCAUCAACGAACACAUCCCCGACUCCGUCCAACGUGAACGCUGGUGGAUUUCGUAGCGCCAGGAGAAAGAGAGCCAGGAAGGUAUUUGAUCCUUCUGAUAACAAUCUAGUGAAACGCAAACGUGGCAGACAGCCGGGUAGUCACAAUAAAAAUUCUCUAAUGCAAGACUCGCAAGAUUCUGCCAAGGCAGCUGUCAAAGAUGGUCCGUAUAGGCAGUGUAGUCUUUGCGCCAAAGAUAAAGACGAAGCUCUUGUGGCUUGUAGAGACUGCACAGUCCGAGCGCAUCCGAGUUGCAUUUACAGUCCGGAAGAAAUGAUUCAGAAAGCCAAUACAAAUUGGCAAUGCGAGCGGUGUAAAACGUGUACAGUGUGUUGUGAAACCUCUGAAGCUGGUCCAUUAGUAACUUGCUUCAACUGCGAUGAGGCCUAUCACUUUUUCUGUCAUACAUCGCGUGUCACGAUAUCAAAAACGAAUUCCAAAUGGUACUGCAACGAUUGUACACAAAAGCAGCAUUGCAAGACGAACGAUAGUCAAAACUCUAAUUUAGUCAAUGGAGUAAGCAGACCGGACAGCCCGUCCAAUGCACCUAUCCUACCACCGGUUCUUAGUCCACAAGUUUCUCCCACCAGGGGUUUGGAUCAAAUAGAGGAGGACGGUCCUAAAGGUCCUAUUGAUCCGAAUAUUCCUGACGCGAGAAAUUGGACCUCCGAGCAAGUGUAUCAAUACUUUGCUAGAUUGUUCCCCAAAGAAGCCGAAGUUUUUCGACAGCAGGAAAUAGACGGCCAUGCGCUUCUAAUGAUGAGUCGAAAGGAUGUGCUGUGUGGACUUAAUUUAUUAUUAGGCCCUGCCUUGAAAAUAUAUCGACAUGUUUUAAAGUUGCAAUUCCGCAGGGACGAUCCAGCCCUGUAUUGGCAAUAAUGACAAUGUUUCGCGUGAAAAUUGAUCUUUACAUUACGAUUUGAACUAUGCAAAGAUUUAAUUUGUAAUUGAAUUCACUGCAAUUCGUUACAAAUUAAAUUUUGUAGAUUAAUGUUGCGAUCUAGUUCAGAAUCAUUCUAAUCGAUAGAUAUAUUUGUCAUUUUCAGUAAUUUUACUUGUUUAAUAUGAGAGGUGGAUAUUCUUAUCAAGAAAUCUAUUUCCUUCAUUCAAAAUCUUCAUUCUUAAUUACGUAUUAUAUACAUUAUAAUAUGUAAUGUUUAUUAGGAAUAAAGAUUUUGAAUGAAGGCAAUAGAUUUCUUGUAAGAACAUUUACCUUUUAUAAUGACCUUUUAUUAUUAUUGAACAUGCAAAGUGAAUUUGAUUUAUUCCUGACCUUCAUGAUCGAGAUAUUCUGAAAGUUUUGAAGUACAUGUGAAGACGAUUGAGCUCUAUUGGCAAUAAUGUAGACGAUAUCUUGCAUGAAGUCGAUCUUCGCAACAUCGUAUAAGUUAUAUAUUGUACAAAUUAAGCCUUCAUAUAGAUUAAGAUCGCGAUAUAACUCUGUUUCUAGACACUGUCCAUGUUGUACAUACGAGAUACACGAGAUAUAUCGCUUAAAGAUCUCAACGGGCAAUUAGUCGCAAGCUGAAUCGUCAUCGGUUCUUUGAUGUAUAUUGCACGCGCAAUUGUGUAUAUCUUAAUGUACAUACAUUCCGCCUUUUUCAUGCGCGGUGUUUUAUAAAAAAGGAGUAGAUAUUUUCUAUGCAAACUGUUACAUUGUUAAUGUUAAAUCUAGGUUUAUACUGAGAAUUAUAGAGGCUGUUUGUUCAGAAAUGAAAAACGAUUGGACAUGUGAAACGGAAAGAGAGAAAUCGCUGACUGAUUUUAUAUGACUUUGCGUCACAUAACAAACUUGGGUUUUAUUUCCAGGUUUUACACACAGGAGUUAAUACACAUUGAUUUGUAGAACGUAAUUGUAAGAUAACUAUUAUCUUAAGAAACAUACUUUGGUUUUACAUGUACUUUUCUAUUAUGCAAUAAAUAUUUUGAUAUCUAUAAA